AUGCUCUUUCGCAGCGUGACAGACUUCCUCGAUGGUCAUCCAGGAGGAAAGCGUAUCUUGAUGUCAGUGGCUGGCAAGGACGCUACCACAGCUUUCGCAAACUUCCACAAGGUCGCUGCUGUAAUGGCAACCUACGGCAACAAGUUACAGAUUGGUGAAUUGGACGGUGCUCACAAGGAAGCACCCAAGCCCAAGUCUGACUUGUUUGGUGAAUUGAUCCCAUACGGUGACCCUAACUGGUACCAAGGAUGGAAGUCCCCUUACUAUAACGAGUCUCAUCAAGUGCUGCGAGCAUACAUCCGUGACAUUGUUGACCGUGAAUUGUUGCCUUUUGGAGAAGAGUGGGAUCGCGCAGGUGCUGUUCCAAAAUCUGUUUACAAGUCAUGGGGUGAACGUGGGCUUCUGGCUUGUUUCUCUGGUGCCCCAUGGCCCAGAGAUGCUCCAACUGAACCACCAUGUGGAAUCCCAAGAGAAAAAUGGGAUACCUUCCACUGGUUGGUUGUCACUGACGAACUCGGACGCUCUUCCAGCGCUGUUACUGAAGUUCUGACUCUGUGUCCUUCUAUUGCAUUGCCCGCAGUCAUGAACUUUGGUAGCGAAGCUCACAAGAAGAUGUUGGUGCCCGCUGCUUUGAGGGGUGAUAUUACCGUUGCUUUGGCUAUCUCUGAACCUUAUGCCGGAUCUGAUGUCGCCAACAUCUUAACCAGCGCCGUCAAAACCGCAGACGGAAAGCACUAUAUCGUAAAUGGUGAAAAGAAGUGGAUUACCAACGGAACUUGGGCAGACUGGUUUGUCACCGCCGUCCGCACUGGAAAGCCGGGCUCUGGAGCCGCUGGAAUGUCCGUUAUCUUGAUUCAACGUGGUGCGCCAGGUUUCAAGAUCCGUACCAUCGCAACUCAGUCUGGAACUGGUACUGGUACCUCGUACUUGACCUUUGACAACGUCAAGGUCCCUGUUGAGAACCUUAUGGGUGAAGAGAACAAGGGAUUCAAGAUUCUCAUGUUCAACUUUAACAAGGAACGUCUUGGCAUUUGUAUGGGUACCCCGCGAUCUGCUAGAAUGUGUUAUGAAGAAGCUAUGCGAUACGCAAACAAACGCAAGACGUUUGGUCAAUACCUGAUCGAGCACGGUGUCAUCAGAAACAAAUUUGGACAUAUGGCCAGAAUGAUUGAAGCUACUCAAUCAUGGCUGGAACUGGUAUGCUACCAAUGGGAUAAGAUGGACAAAAGCGACGCCGACUUGAAAUUGGGUGGUGCUAUUGCCCUCCUCAAGGCACAAUGUUCCUUGACAUUCGAACUUUGCGCUCGUGAGGCCUCCCAAAUUAUGGGUGGUAUUGCCUACACCAAAGGCGGUCAAGGUGGUAUCGUAGAACGUCUGUACCGUGGCGUCCGAGGAGCUGCCAUUCCCGGUGGUUCAGAAGAAAUCAUGUUGGAUUUCGGUAUCCGACAAGGCUUGAAAACAGCUAGAGCUCUUGGAGCCAAGCUGUAA